UAAACCAUUUCUGGAGCAAGUGAGAAGAAAAAAAAACCACAACAAAACCACACAAGUUUAAAUGUUUUGUGAUUUAUUGGAUUUGCUUUGCCGGCCAAAAUCCUCAGCGAAAUCCAAGGAAGAUCAGCUGCAGCUGCAGAGCGGUAGUGAUCAAGGGGAGGAAGAGGAGCAGCAGCAGAAGAACGUCUUCCAUCACUGUCAGCAGCCAAUCACGAACCGUCAUGGAUUACAUCGGAUAUACAAUGAACAUUUGUUUAAUUCUUUUCAUGAUUUCCGUUACCGGCAGCCACUGCCAGUACUACAACAACCGUGAUAUCAUUCUGACGCCCCACCAGCUCAAGACCUACCCGGGCAAGAUAUUGUACUACCGGCCGCACGAGCUCAACGCCGCAGGAGCAGGAGGUAAUUCGGUUCAGGACAAUGUCCACCACCAACAGCAGCAGCAUCAACAGCAGCAGCACGUGCCCUGGGAAGAUGUCCUGAAGGAGACUGUCUUUCUGGCGCUGAAUGAUAACAAAACCAGCGGCCCUCCCUCCCCCGACGGCUCGCCCUCCACCACCACGACCAAGCAACCCCUCUACAUCAUGCGCCAGCAGAAGGCCAUCUACGCGGCCCCCUACCUCGGCUCCGUCGACCUGACCGUCCCGCGCUUCGGCGACAUCGUCGAACUGGCCCACGGCCGGCUCGAGAUGGAGAGCGACGACGCGUACUUCUUCGUCCAGGAUGAACCUAAUCAGCAGUACAAGGGAGGUCGGAAUGUUAGCGCGUUUUGGAAGGUCGAACGGAUUCGGCACCGGGAUGAGCAGAGGGGGCAUCGGUACGAGCUGAAGUUUACCGUGGCUCCCGUGAGGGGGCAGCAGUUGGAUGAAGUUGGUACGGUUAAUCGGAGCUUCAUCGUGCGGGACGAGGACUAUCCGCGGUAUUUUGGAUUGGCGGCACCGAUGAUGAAGAAGAGCGAUCAGUUUGUGGAUCGCGCCGUGUUUGAUCCGGUUUAUCCUUAUCAUCCUGGGUUUGUUGGGGGGAAUCGGUUUGGGCGACCGACGCAGGCCACGAUCACGUUGGGGGAGUAUCUGCUGCAGACGUUGCUUGGGGAUAGCACGCCCAAGGUGGUUCACCAACCGCAGCCGCAUUUUGGCUCGAAUGGGUUGCGGCUUGGGGGUGGUUAUAAUAGGAUCAAGUUUCCGGACCCGUUCACGACGUCGAGCCAGUCGGUGCCGAAGUUCUACCACCACAUUCACUUCCAGCGUCCGUCGAUCGCUCCGCUUGCGCCGACCCUGCCGCCGAGUCCGCCGUUGAUCAAGGAACUGCACUCGCCGGCGUCGAGCAACAUCGAGCAGGACUACAGCAAGGUUGUGGAUCUUAGGGGUGCGAGUCACGAGUCGCAGGAGGUGAAGCCACAGCAGCAGCAUCAGCAGACGCGUCCGACUCACAUCCACCAUCAUCAUCACCAACAUCCGCAGCAGCAGGUCCAGCAGCCUCAACAGGCUCCGCCGCAGUACUACGCGAUCCAGCCGCAACAAGCGUACGGCCCGUUGCCGCAGAACAACCCCCCGCCGAUGCAGCCUCUGCCGCAGAACCUCGUCCAGUCGAUCCCGGUGUACAAUCCCCAGGGUCAGGUCAUGCUGAACCACAUCCCGAUCGCGCCCAACCAAAUGAUCCAAAUGUCCCAAGCCCCGAUCGCGUUCCCCGUCCAACUCCAGCUGGUUCCUUCGCAGGGUGCGCAGAUCUACGGUACUCAGCAGGACCCCAAUGGGUUGCACGCCGUUCCGAUUAGGAUCAUGCAACCUGCCCCGGUCUACCACUUCCUUGCACCUCAGCAACAGCAACAACACUCGACUACCUUUGUAACUCCCAAGCACCCAAAUCAAUCCAGCACGCACUAUUCUCCCAACAGCAUUCCCAACACCACGAUCAAGUACGCGACCGCUACGUCAUCCGGCCGGUACCACUACCAGCAGCAUCACCAGCACGCAACGACGCAACCACCGUCGAGCCAGACGACCGCCUCGAACCAUCGGUACGCGCCGCUGCCCACGGUCCAGGCCUCGCCCGCCGGUUUGCGGGAAAAGUUUACGGCGCCGGCCUUCCAGCCGGUGACGGCACUGGAACCGGAAGCGGCCGGCAGUGCCCAAGUCGAUUCUGCUUCGCCCAAAUUUCAAUCAUUUGGGAUAGAAAACGCAGUCACGCCCAAGUCCACCACCGCAGUCCUUCCUAUUGCCACCGCAGCGGAAGAGUUCACGCCUUCGAUCGGUCACGCCGCCACAUCCUCCGGCUACUACAGCAGCAGCAGCAACUUUAUCGACGAGAAGGGAGCGAUCAGCGAGAGCGGCAAGGUGUACUCCGAGCCGGAUCCGCUGUACCAUGGCAAGUCCACGACCAACGGAACUACGCCGCUGGUCUCGAUCACGACGGCCGCCAGUCCUCCCUACUCGUCGCACUCGUCCACGUCCUACACCAAGACCAGCUUCACGCCCAAGUUCACCAUCUCGCACGGAUCUACACCGUAUCGGGGCGUUCCGUCCCCGACGAUCGUCCCACCCCAGCUUGAGACGCCCAUUUCUUCCACCCUCAAGAGCUACCACUACCUCAGCCAGCACGACAACAACUACGACUUUGUCCCGUCGCGGGUCGUCGAGCUUGCCCACGUCAAGAAGAUCCCGAAAAAGUCCGGCGGCAAGCGGAAGAACCCGAACCAUCACUCCGUCACCGUCACCAGCCAUAAGCCGCUCAAGUUCAGCGAAGGACCUGACUACGCCACCCACCGGCCGGAAUCCCAGCUGAGCGUUCAGCUGCCACCACCGGAAAAGGACUACGGCACGUACUACGGAACGGCCAAGCAGAACCACAAGGUUCAGAAGCCGAAGAACUACGUCACCCAACCGUACUCCAGCUCAACGACCCCCUUCCCGACUUCGCUGACCACUCCAACGACCUCGAACACCACCACACCGCUUCCGGCAACGUCUUCAACGGCGUCGAGCGGAAUCGGCACGACGGCCACCACCAACAAGCCGUUCACGCACUACCAGCCCUACUUCAAGAACAAGCACGAAAAGUCCGACGACAUCAUCACCACGAUGCGACCCCGGCUGGUCAUCAAAACCGUCUACAAGCCGUACCCAAGCCCCGCUUCCGGCGUAUCCACCGAGAAGCCCGUCCUCAAGUGGAUCCCCAAGCGACCUCGUAAAAACGGUAGUACUGCCAGCGUCGAACCUUCCAGCUCGACCUCGUCAUCCGCCAGCAUCGAGCAGCUGUCCGCUUCUUCCGAGCACGUUCCAGCAGCCGCAGCAACCGCCGUCGUCGAGUCCGCCGCAACCAAACCGCAAACCCAGCAAACGGCGGCCCCUCAACCGUCCGCUCGACCCAGCCUGGAGAACCAGGUGAACCGACUGCGCGCUUCGCGCGGACGAUCCCGCUACACCCACCGUCGUCCAACGCCACCCGGAAACCCCGUCGCUUCCCAGCACCCUGGAAACGUCAAAGCCCAACGGGCGCGAUCAAGUAGCCCGACCACGACCACAACAACAACAACAACAACCGUCAAGCCGGUAACCACAGCAACCGAGCAACCCGUCACCGUCAGCCUCAAAAACGCCAGCCAAGAAAAGUCCAAGCGGGACGCCGCCACCGAAGAAAACGAAAUCCUGAUCGCCGAACCCCUCGUCGACGUCUCGUCCAGCAGCCCACCACCACCGUACGAGAUGAUCAAGGCCGCCGUCAAACCCAUCGCGACCAACGCCACCAACAUCAUCCUGUUCGAGGCGAGCGACGCCAUCUCGUCGGGGUCGUCCCCCAGCUUCAACGACCUGACCAUGUCGAUCAUCAACCAUGCGCGCGCGAUCGCCAACCAAACCACGGAACCGGACGAAGACGACGUCCAAACCAACGAGAUCGGGCGCGACGACGAGCGGGAAACGACCCUGUCCAUGGCGUCGACAAUGACGACGACGACGACACCAGCGCCAACCGACGAAUCGGUCGUAGCGGAAAGCACCGUCCACGAGCAGGCCACGACGACGACGGUUGAGGGACGUGAGGACGAGGUGGAGGAGAUCGGAGGGACGGCGAGCGAUGGCGCCGACGGCGCCACCGGAAGCAGUAGGAGCGAAACGACUGUUAGUGUGUAGUAGUGUGUAGUGCGAAGAGCGAAGAGAGAGAUAUUAUAAGGGAACUAGAGUUUAAGGCAGCGGAUAGACAGAGCGAGACACCAAAUUAAUUUAAUGUGUAAUUUAUAAACUAUUUAUACGAAAGCUGAAAGAAAAACAGUGAAGAUUUUUCGAGAGGAUGAAAGUGGAAGAAAAAAGGUAGAAAAAAAAAUCGUGACCGUGAGCGAAGUUUGAGUGAAGCCCCGAGCAAGCAAGCAAAAAAAAAGAGAGACAAUAGGCAAGUGAAAAUAUAGUGUGAGAAGGAGGAGGAAGAACAAGUUUGAACAACAAAUAUUUUUUUGUGAAGGAAAAUUUGUUAUUUUGUUUGUGUCAAAAUAAAGAGACAAUCUAUGAUUUCUAAAAUGGUGUUUGACGAUUUGCGAAAGAAAGUCCGGAUAAAGCAAUCAUAAGUGAUUCGAAAUUCGUAGUGGGCGUAAGGACACUUCGCAUAGACGCCCUUGUUUCCAUCAUGUCGAUGAGGAGUAAAAAAAAGCAUACUUCUCGGUCUUCAGCGCAGAAGCAGCAGAAAGGUAUAUCGAGGAGAGAUCAAUGCGGUGUCUUCGACAAACAAUUUUUUAA